AUGAAUGGCUACGGGUCGCCCUACCUGUACAUGGGGGCUCCGGUGUCUCAGCCGCGGGCUCCGCUCCAGAGGACCCCCAAGUGUGCGCGGUGCAGGAACCACGGCGUGCUGUCGUGGCUCAAAGGUCACAAGCGCUACUGCCGCUUCAAGGACUGCACCUGCGAGAAGUGCAUCCUUAUCAUCGAGCGGCAGCGCGUCAUGGCGGCGCAGGUUGCGCUCCGGAGGCAGCAGGCCAACGAGAGUCUGGAGAGCCUCAUCCCGGAGUCCCUCAGAGUGCUGCCCGGCAUUGGCAUGGCCGGAUCCGGCGAGGGGAACCAGGAAACCCCGCCGAGGUCAGAGGAGCUGGAGCUGCGGUGGAGCAGCACGGAGCCGGUGCAGGCCGGAGCACAAACAUGCGCAGAGGACGGGCCCGAUGAGGCGUCGGGAGGCGAGAACGGGGGGAGCUCCAGUGAGAAGGAGCAGGACCCGGUCAGCUCCCCAGAGGAAUCCAAACCGAACUCCUGCUACACCCCGGAGCCUCCAGAAACCACCUCCCACCCGGAGGAGACCCGCUACAGCCUCCCCAAAGCCGGCAGCGCUGAGAAGGAGGCCAAGGCCGAGAGUCCUCACAAGUAUCCCGUCAGCCCCGGGGAGCAGAGCGUGCUGAUCGAAGGCCUCGCCGGCUCCAUCAACCUGCCCUUCAGCCUUCGAGCCAACAGGCCGCCGCUGGAGGUCCUCAAGAAGAUCUUCCCCGCUCACAAGCCUCCUGUGCUGGAGCUCAUCCUCAGAGGCUGUGGGGGGGAUCUGGUGGGGGCCAUCGAGGUGCUGCUGUCCAGCCGGAAUUCGGACGGGAGCGCGCACACGCACGCCGACCCGCACCCGGACGCCCUGGUGCUGCCUUCAAAUGGACACCUGUUCGAGCACACGCUGGGCUCUUACCACCCGGUGUCCUCCUCCGCCAAGUGGUCGGUGGGCUCCGCUUUCCGGGUGCCCGAGUCGCUCCGCUUCACGUCCGACUCCGCUUCGGGCGUGGUUUCCACGGGCCCGCUGGGUGUCCCCCUGCAGCACCCGUCCUUCCCGCAGCCCACGCGCUACCCGCUCAUGCUGCGCAACUCUCUGACGCGCAGCCAGGCCAGCCCCUUCGUGCACAACGACGUGACUCUGUGGAAUACCAUGGCCCUGCAGCAGCAGUACCAGCUCCGGUCAGCGGCCCAGUACGUAUCUCCGUUCUCCCCCGCAGCCCCCGCCGGCCCCGGGGGUUCCGUGUUCCGCAGCUCCCCCAUCCUCCCCUCCAGACCCUCCGAGGAGCAACGCAUCAGCAUCCAGGAGGAGAGCUGCACGCUGGGGCCCAAACCCGGCCUCUACUCCCCGGAUGAGGAGUACGAGGAGCGGUCUGACUCCGCAGACUCCCGCAUCCUGAGCUCAUCCACCUAA